AAAUCGAAUCGUUCCCUCGAAAUUCCCACAACUUGAAGCAGUUCCAAUUUUUCGCACAAGUUUUCCCGUUUCUAAAAGUCGAAGGAGAGCUCGUUUACACAUUUCUGAAUCAGUUUACCAAAUUGUUUGUUCUACAAAAUGCCAAUAACCAAAAAGGGGGGCAUUAUGCCCGUCGACAAGAUCCUCAGCCUGCGACGCAACCCGCAGCAGCUCCAGAGGGAAAUGGAGGACAGGCCCAGCUUCCUGCCGCGUCAACUGCGUGCAGACUCGCCCAAGGGCCAGAGCCAGGAGAAGUCCUACCGCAAGAACACCACCGGCGGAGACGAUACCGAUGCGGACCUGGACACGCUGCCGCCGCCGCGCCGCUCGCCCGUGUCGCGCCAGAACCUGCAGCGCUACCGGAGGACGCCCGAGUACUACAUGGGUAUGCUGAAGAUGAUGAGCAUCGUGGUGACGGUGUGCCUGCUGUUCGCCAUCAUUCCCUUCUACAGGAAGUGCCAGGUGGGGCUCAAUCACACGGUGAUUCUGCUGUGGAACGAGGGCCCCACCUGGGAGCGGCCCGGGCACAUGGAGUGCGGCUGCGUGCUGACCAGGAACCGGAACUACAACGGGGAGCCCUUCGCGGCGAUUGUCUUCAACGCCGAUCAGCCGUACUCGCAGCAGGGCCUGGAGACGGUCGAGCACACUCCCGACCACCUGGUGGUGUUCUCUGCCAGCGCUCCCCUGAGCCUCGCCCAGAAUCCCAUGCCCACCCUGAGGCCGCCCUUCAACCUGACCAUGAGCUACCGCCUGGACUCGGAUCUGGUGUGGUCCGAGUACUACUUCACCCGCCUUCGGCAGCCGGAACGUAUCAAUGUCUUCGAUGAGCCGAUCGAUAACUUCUCCGACGAAAUUUCCUCCCCGAUAAUCGUCGAUAUUCACGAGCAGCUCCAGAGAAAGGAUCGGCUGGCGGUGUACAUGAUGUACGACGUGAAUGAGCACACGAUGGCGCAGAGCUACUAUCUGAUGGAGGUGAGAAAGUACGCGGAGCUGGAGGCACACGAGAGCUGUCUGGGCUAUCACGACUGCACUGGCUAUCACUUUAUGCUGAUCUUUGAGCCCAGCUCCUGCCCGGACUAUGUGCACCCGCACUUCUAUCAGGCACUCGAUAAAUACGUGGUCCCGGUCCUGAUUGGCGGCGGAAAUCUGACGAAUCUCGUGCCGCCCAGGUCCUACAUUAGCAGCCGGGACUUUGCAUCGCCCAAACAUCUGGUGGCGCACCUGAAGGCGCUGAUGGCCCAGCCGGAGCUCUACCGUCGCUUCUUCUGGUGGCAUUCCAAGUACGAGCUGCGCUUCAACUUUGAGCCCUACUGCUCGCUGUGCCAGCUGCUCAAGCACCGGCAUCGGCCCCAGUCGCAGUCGCAGUUGCAGUCGCAGACGUUGAAUCCCCAGGAGGUGCCACAGGAGGAGCCCCAGUCCGUCCAGACGACAGCAGCAGUCCCCGCUCCCGUGGCCAAUCCCGCUGCCAUUUCCUUUGUCAAUUGGUGGCAGCACUACCACUGCCCCAAUCGUACGACCAGCUUUUAGGAGAGCCGUCGGCCCGGAUCCCCACAGAAACCGCAAACACAAAUAUAAUUACCAACGAUCGCAAAUUGGCCGCGUCGUUCGCUUCAGUUCUGUUUCGAGUUAA